AUGGCUGCCUCGGGACAACCUGAUGAGGGCGCUGUGACCACAGCCCCCACCAACGAGCCCAUAGAAGAAACAAUAUCCAAAGACCGGCGUACAGCCCCAGUCACACGGACCUGUAGUCAGGAAGUAGUAACAAUCCCUUGUGCUUCUGACAGUGAUUCAGGAAGUGUGGAUUUGCAGCUGAGCAACUUAGAGGCUGUUAAAAAAAAGGCUCAAGUAGCAUUGAACUUACAGGGUAAAUUUGAAAAGCUGACAUUCCUAAGAUCUCUGUCUUCUCUCAGCCGACCUUUACCUUAUGAUGAAACCACAGAAUCAUUCAUUCAUUCGGGCCACAUCACAGAUAUUAUGCAUACCUUACAUGUACUGGUACAAGAGGAGCACCUGCGUUCCCUGUUAAGUCCUUUGCGCCAGGAGGUCUUCAUUACCAUAUCUGAUCUCAGUUACCAAGAUGUCCAUUUGCUGCCUGCCUCUGAAGAUCGAGCCGAGUUGUUCAGUCUUAUCAUCAGGACUAUAAUCACUCUGCCCUCUGUAAGGACUUUUACCAGGAUGCGGGAAAUUGUGCCCAGUGGGACCUGCAACACAGAGUGUCUUUACAGGCAGACGUUUCAGGCGUUCUUUGAGAUGCUCCAGAGUUUGGUGGUAAAAGACCCACAUUUGGAAAAUCUUGACACCAUUAUUAAGCACAUGGACCCCUGGUUACAGUCAGUCAAAGACCAUGAGCGGAAACGGGCCACAGCCAGCAUGGCUCAGGUUCUGAAGUGCUUAUCCAGACAUCUCAGCUUGGAGCUUCCACUGUGAUUCCAAAGACUCGGACACCUAGUGGCUCUGAUGGCACUGCUCUGUGGGGACCCACAUGAAAAUGUGGCCAAGGAGGCUGGAGAGGGCAUUCACUACCUGCCGGAUAUUACCCUGUGGCUGAAGUAUACCACUCGUGACAAGAAAAAUCAGCAAAACUUGAAAAGAGCAUUGACAAAAUUUCGAGAAUUCCUGGAGCUCUCCAGCUCUGCUGUUAAAUGCUUCUGCAGCUGUCCCUUCAGAAUUGCCCAGAUUUUUGAAGGUUUUCUUGAUUCCAAUGAGCUCUUCCAGUUUGUAACAACUACAUUUGCUACCCUGAGAAACCCGAAACAUUCCUGCACCCAGCAAUCAGCAGGAGAAUUACUGCUAACUUUGGCAAAAAAUGCAGAGUCCCGAUUUGAGAAGGUACCAGAAAUCAUGAGAGUUAUCUGUGCCUAUCUAUCCAUAAUCAGCCAGCCUAGAGUCCGCCAACAAAUCAUAAGUACCGUGACUUUAUUUAUAUCCAGGCCCAAGUACAAAGAUGUAGUGCUCAGCUUCCUUCUAUGUCAUCCAGUGCCAUAUUCCAGGCACCUGACUGAGGUGUGGAGAACGCUGGUGGUGGAGCUGCCCAGCAUGACCUGGAUUCUGUGGAGGCUCCUGAGGAAGCUGCAGAAAUGCCAUAAUGAGCCUGCACCGGAGAAGAUGGCACAUGUGGCUGUGGCUGCAACAGAUGCCUUUUAUGAGGGGUUUUUGGGAAACAAGCUUCGAGCAGCUUCAUUCCGACUCUUUCCUCAGCUUCUCAUGACACUGCUCAUCCAAAUUCAUCAUAGCAUUGGCCUCACCAUGUCUGAUGUAGCCAUCCCAAGUGGCCUAUACGCAGAAGGGGAAGUGUCUUCAGAGAUCACCCCUUUGUGCUUUGCCAUGCAGACUAUAAAGGCUCUCCUCCUCAGAACAUGAUGCUGGCAGGAAUUCAACAUCAUGGAAAAGAAUAUAGGAUGGGCUCUCCUGGGAGGAGAAGAUUGCCAUCUUCAGGGAGUAUUUCUCCUUGCCAAGGCAUUGCUGGAAAAAAAUCCGCUCCUUGCACAGAAGGUCAUGUAUCUGCUAGUCCCUCUUCUUAACCAAGGGAAUGAUAAACAUAAACUCACAGCGGCAGGCUUUUUUGUGGAGCUUCUCCAGAGUCCAGUGGCCAAGAAACUGCCCAACAUAUACUCUGUUGACUGCUUGAAAGACUGGCUACAAGAUGGAAAUAAUCUCUUUAGAAUGAUCAGCCUGAGGGGGCUGUACAAUCUUGUUGGACACAAGAAGAGGAGAGAAGACAUCAAGAGCCUGUUGCCGUACAUCUUAGGCAGCUUGCGUGAAACCAAUGAGAAGAUUGUUCAGUCAGCCAUCCAGAUACUCCUGAAACUUGUUAAAACAAUGGAUUUCACUACCCUGGCUGCCAUGAUGAGGACUCUGUUCUCCUUAUUUGGUGACACCUGCGUUCAUUUCCAUAGAUCUCAGGGGCUUUUACCUCCAACCUAUGUUUUCCUACCACUAGAUCUGAGAGGCCCGCUGUGUGACCCUGAGCCCUCGCUGUACAUCAUCGCCCACCAGACUGUUCUAGUCCAGAUGGUGAGGGCCAAACCAAAACCUGAGCAGAGACUGAGCUGGAUGCGGAAGCUCAUGGGCAGGUGCCCUACCUAGAAACACAAGGCAAGUAAUGUCAGGUAAAAACAAAUCCUUUCAGAAACCACAGAAGCCACUGGCGCACUCCCCAACACCUUUUUUCAGACUUAAUAUUGCCAGUAUGAAGUCACCUCUACCCAUUUUA